GGGAAUCGGCUCCACACGGCCCGUUUUGCUCACUACAAUUGGUGUCCUGCGCGGGAUUUGACACAACCAGGGAAAUGCGCCUUGUCUUGGGGAAGGCCACUGGAUUUGAAAGUAUUUGUGAGUCUCCACUCAAACUGUGGUUUUAGUGAUUCUGAGCUGGGCUUCAACUGUCAAGCACAGGUUGAUUGUACCUGACUCACCAAAGCUGUGUUGUCAGCUAACUCCUCCUUCACUGCAUGAAAUAAAACACUCUACAGGAUUGCCCUCCAUGGUUUCUGCCCUUAUCAAGACCAUAUCAUCCUACAUUGAAAAGAUUUGCCAAGGAAUGUUUACAAAGAAAUUGGCGAACCCCAUAAAGAAGAAAGAGAGAAGUGAAAAUAAAGAGCCUAAAUUGACCACUGAUUUGCAAGAACAUAGUCUAACUUUAUCUACCACACUGAAGACCACAGUCAAAAAGAUAUCCAAAUGCUCUUCGGCACGUAACAUAUCGCUUGAAGAAGACGACAGCAAGAACGACUGCUCAUCCCUUUCACCCACGUUCAGUUAUCGUGUAGCUAUAGCAAAUGGACUCCCCAAAAACUCUCUUCUUUUGAAUAAUAAUGAAAGCAUCUUUCCAGAGGUUCUCUCAAUUGAUAGCAGCUACUCUGACUCCCUGAGUGAGACCAAACCUGUCCGUAGACUGGAUGAACAUAAAUCACACACUAUGCCAGUAAGACGGAACAGGAAGAGCCUCAUCAGUUUGGCUCCCUCUGACGGUAGUUCAGAGGGUGAGCGGGUGGAACGCUCUAGUUUACACACACUCCGGCUGGGUGCCCUACGCAAGCUAAGGAAAUGGAAGAAGAGCCAGGAAUGUGUCUCUUCCGACUCCGAGGUGAGCAACUGGAGGAAGACCCUGGGCAUCCGGAGCAAGUCCCUGGACCGUGCUGGCCGGCAGCAAAAGAGCUCCACCCUGGAGCCUGGCUCCUCCUCCACGGGAUGUAUCAGCCAAACCCAGGAUGUUAUGGAGAUGAUCUUUAAGGAGCUUCAGGGUAUCAGCCAGAUAGAGACGGAACUGUCUGAAUUGCGUGGCCAUGUAAAUGCCCUAAAGAGCUCUAUUGAUGAAAUCUCCAGCAGUGUGGAAGUAGUUCAGAGUGAGAUUGAGCAGCUUCGCUCAGGAUUUGUUCAGUCCAGAAGAGAAACACGUGAUAUCCAUGACUACAUAAAACAGAUUAGCCAUCAGGCCAAUAAUUCAACCCUGAGGUUUCUCAAUGUUCCUGAGGAAAGGUCAGAGAAAACUGAGAGUGUUAUAUAUAAAAUACUGAAAGACAAAAUGGGAUUUAUUGAUGCUCAUAAAUCAAUUAAAAUUGAGCUAGCUCAUAGGUUAGGACAACAAAGAGAAUGUUCCAAUGCAAAGCCCCGCCCUAUUAUUGUUAUUUUUGCAACACCCCAAGAUAGGGAUUUAGUCUUGAAAAAAUGUUAUAAACUUAAAGGGACAGGCAUCACAGUCUCUACUGAUAGCUUAACCCAUGAUGGAAAGGAGAGAAAAGACAAAGCAAUGUCCUCCUCUCAAACCUACGAAAGCAUGGACAUAAAGGUCUCAGGAAAAGAUAAAGUAGUGGAGAGUGAUGACUGGGACUCAAUGGACAGUGAUAAAGAGUUAGAUGAGUUGAGCAGAAAUAAAUAUGCAAUGGUCAUUUCAAAACCUGUUCACAAGAGCAAAUCAGAAAAAAGGAGGUCCCAUGACCAUAGCCGGUCAGGAGACGAAGCAGUGUACUCAGGCACAGUUCACUAUGCUGAUGAGUCUUAUGAUGACCCAGACAAAAAUGUGAAGGCAUACUACUCUGAUUUGACCCCUGGCUGGCUUUCUCAGAGUGACUACUCCACCCCUAAACUCAGCCGCUCUGAGUCUGACUGCUCAAAACUCUGUCAAUCAUACUCUGAAGACUUCUCAGAAAGUCAGUACUUUACACGGGCUAAUGGCUGCUCCUUGCUGUCUUCCUCAGAUCAAGAACUGUGGCAGAGAAAACAAGAGGACAUGGCCUCCUCUUGGUAUGCUAGCCCUAGCCACCCACUCAGCCAGGAAAAUCAACCCUAUGCUGAACACAAUGAAGUUGAGACAACAGAAACUAUUGACAGUGGGGUGAGCAAUGGUCUUAUCUGCAUGUCUGGGGACAGAAGCCACUAUAGUGGCUCCCAGCUCUCUCUGCAGGGUGAUCUCUCACCCUGGAAAGACUGGCAUCAUCUGGAACAAGGUGCUGACUCUGGCUUGGAAGCCUCAAUAGAGGUCAGCAGCCCCUUUGACCCAUCAACCAUUCCUGGUUUCCCAGAAAACAUCACUAAAUGCCAGGAGGUUGAUUUACAGUUUGAAGGAGAUGAGGAUUUCAUGAUGCUUGACAGAGAUUCUGCCCCCCCACCUAUAACAACCCACAUCAUUCCUCCUAUCACAGAAAGAGAGUCUGUCAUCAAAACAUCUGUUCGCCAGUCUAAAGAGGGAUGUAAAGUGAUCACUAAAGAAAGCACUAAAGUGGCAUCUAAAGAUGUCUCUAAAGUUUCCUCCAAAGUGACUCACAAAACAGCAGCAAAAAUGCCUGCUAAAGAUGAAAACUCAAAAAUAUUGCCUAAGGAAGGCCCUAGGGUAUCAGCUAAGAUUUCACCUAAAGUCAUUUCUAAAGCAGCCCCUAAAGAGACAUCUAAGGAGCUUCCUAAACCAGCAGCUAAAGAAUCACUUCAAGAUAUUCCUAAAGACAGUGUCAAACUCCCUCCAAAAGACGCUCAUAAGGUCCCCCCUAAAGAUGUGACGAAAAUGCCAUCUAAAGUCACUUCUAAAGACGCUGCUAAAGUGACUGCUAAAGUGACCCCAAAAGAUAGCCCAAUAGUGACUCCUAAAGAAAGUCCUAAAGAGUCACCUAAAGAGAGUCCUAAAAUAACUCCAAUAGAAAGUCCUGUUGCAACCCCUAAAGAGUCUCCCAAAGAGUCUCCUAAAGAAAGUCCUAAAGUAAUUGCUAAAGAGCCCCCACAAGUUGCUCCUAAAGAGAGUUCAAAGGUUGCUGCUAAAGAGGUUACAAAAGAGGCUGCAAAACCGACCCCGAAAGAGGGCAUUAAGGAGGUCCCUAAAACAGCAUCUAAGGAGCCCCCUAAACCAACCCCUAAGGAAGCUCCCAAAGUUGCACCUAAAGAAGCCCCAAAUGUAGCCUCUAAGGAGACUCCUAAAGUGCCCCCCAAGGAGGCUUCUAAAGUGACCCCUAAGGAACCCUCUAAAGGGGCCAUUAAGGAAGCCCCUAAAACAGUUCCUAAGGAAACAUUCCCUGAACUGGAUGUCAAUCAUAGCUUUCACCAGACUCAGAAUAAGUCUGCAACCAUGUACCGCAGUCAGAGUGAGAUUCGAACAGAGAAAGUUGAGGAGGUGCCUAAGUCCUGGAGCAGCAGGCUCAGUAUAGAUCUUAGUGAGAAGUCCUUUGGUUUUGGCUUUGGUUCUACACUGCAAAGGGCCAAGUCAGCCCUGGAGGUUGUCUGGAAGUCUGGCUCUCAGAGUACCCCUGCUCCCUCUGAGGAGCCCGCCAACACCUCUUCCUCCUUUAUGGGCCGCUUCCGCACCCUUUCCACCUCUACUGCCAAUGACUCCAGCACCACCAUAGACUCAGACGUUUACACAGAGCCAUUCAUCUACAAGGCUGAGGAAGAGAAACCAGAGGCAGCAGCAGAAGCUGGGGAACAGCCAGUGGACAAUGAAACUCAUUAUGUUGAAGUGAUGGAACAGGUGCUAGCUAACCUGGAGAACAGAACUAAUGUCAAUGAUACAGAGGAGAUACAUGAGCCUGUGCAGGAGUACGAAAGUUCUCAGGACUUUGCUGUGUCUGAUGACAUUGAGGCCUCUCAAGACAAUGAUGCCUCCCAGGAUUUUGAGCCCUCUCAAGAUUUUGAAGCCUCAGAGGACUAUGAGGUAACGAAAGAGGCCCGUGUUCUGGAGUAUGAUUGCAGUUUGGAUGAUCAGUAUGAUGAAGAGUAUAGUGAGGAGUAUGAAACACAACUGACUGAGGAUACUGCUGAGUAUGAUGCCAUGGUGGAGUAUGUUGAUGUAGAGGAGCCGGAUGAGACAGAGGACAAUGAUGUAACAGAGGAAAUGGAAGAGGGGGAUGAGGAAUUAGAGGAAGUGGAGGAAAUAAUGGAGGAAGCCACUGACGUGUCUGAAAAUGUGGAGCAGCAGCAGGAGGAUGAAAACAAAAAUGUCCCAGAAGAGAAGCCUGUAGAGACCCCACCCAAGAAGCGUAUUCGUCCAACGUUCAAGGAGGCGGCACUGAGGGCCUACAGGAAACAGAUGGCUGAGCUAGAGCAGCAGAUUCUGGCAGGGGAUAGCACUGCUUUGGACACUCAGACUCGCAAUGUCCUGGAUCCCAAAGUGCUGGGUCUGCAGGCUGGAGGGGCUGGCAGUAUUCUUUAUGGUAUUGACAGCAUGCCAGAUUUACGCCGCAAGAGGACAGUGCCUCUUGUCCGAGACCUGGCAGGCAUCUCGUUCGCUCUGGUGAACCGGUCCACCCUAAAUAAUGAGGACCUGAAACUACAUGUCUUUAAGAAGACUCUCCAGGCCUUGAUCUACCCGAUUUCAUCGACAACCCCUCAUAAUUUUGAAGUGUGGACGGCCACGGCACCCACCUAUUGCCAUGAGUGUGAGGGGCUGCUGUGGGGCAUUGCCCGCCAAGGCAUGCGCUGCUCUGAGUGUGGUGUCAAAUGCCAUGAGAAGUGCCAGGACCUGCUCAAUGCAGAUUGUCUGCAAAGGGCAGUGGAGAAGAGCUCCAAGCACGGUGCCGAGGACAAGACGCAGAACAUCAUCAUGGCUAUGAAGGAGCGCAUGAAGAUCAGGGAGAAGAACAGUCCUGAGGUGUUUGAGGUGAUCCAGGAGAUGUUCCAUGUCUCUAAGGAAGAUUUCUCCAGCCAUCUAAAGACAGCCAAGCAGGCCGUGCUGGAGGGGACCUCCAAGUGGUCUGCUAAAAUCACCAUCACAGUCAUGUGUGCCCAGGGGUUACAGGCCAAGGAUAAAACCGGCUCCAGUGACCCCUAUGUCACUGUCCAGGUGGGCAAGACCAAACGCAGGACGAAGACCAUCUUUGGCAACCUCAACCCUGUCUGGGAUGAAAAGUUCAACUUUGAAUGUCACAACGCCACUGACCGAAUCAAGGUGCGUGUGUGGGACGAGGAUGAUGACAUCAAAUCUCGGGUCAAGCAACAUUUCAAGCGUGAGUCAGACGAUUUCCUGGGCCAGACCAUCAUUGAGGUUCGCACACUGAGCGGCGAAAUGGAUGUGUGGUACAACCUAGAUAAGAGAACCGACAAGUCUGCUGUAUCUGGCGCCAUCAGGCUUAAGAUCAGUGUGGAGAUGAAGGGGGAGGAGAAAGUGGCUCCACCCCACGGCCAGUACACUUGUCUACAUGAGAACCUGUUUCACUACCUGACCGAGGUGAAGAACAGCGGGGCAGUGAAGAUCCCAGAGGUGAAAGGGGACGAGGCGUGGAAGGUCUACUUUGACGACGUGUCCCAGGAGAUAGUGGACGAGUUCGCCAUGAGAUACGGAGUGGAGUCCAUCUAUCAGGCUAUGACGCAUUUCUCCUGUCUGUCCUCCAAGUACAUGUGCCCCGGUGUGCCGGCAGUGAUGAGCAACCUGCUUGCUAAUAUCAACGCCUACUUUGCCCAUACUACCACCACCACCACCACCACCGCCUCUGCUUCAGACCGCUUUGCUGCCUCCAACUUUGGGAGGGAGAAGUUUGUCAAACUGCUGGACCAGCUGCAUAACUCGCUGAGGAUCGACCUCUCCAAGUACCGGGAUAAUUUCCCGGCAGGAAAUCCAGAGCGUCUUCAAGAUCUGAAGUCCACUGUCGACUUGCUCACCAGCAUUACCUUCUUCAGGAUGAAGGUACAAGAGCUACAGAGUCCACCCAGGGCCAGUAUGGUGGUGAAGGACUGUGUGAGAGCAUGUCUGGACUCUACAUACAAAUACAUUUUUGACAACUGUCAUGAACUGUACAACCAGCUCCUGGACCAAGCUCGGAAACAAGACAUUCCCCGUGACGAGCAGGGUCCAUCAAUAAAGAACCUGGACUUCUGGCCAAAGCUCAUCACUCUCAUGGUGUCUGUAAUUGACGAGGACCGGACGGCCUACACCCCAGUAAUUAACCAGUUUCCACAGGAGCUGAAUAUGGGCAAGAUCAGCGCCGAGAUCAUGUGGAACCUCUUUGCCCUGGAUAUGAAGUAUGCCAUGGAAGAGCAUGACAAGCACCGCCUAUGCAAAAGUACAGAGUACAUGAAUCUUCACUUCAAAGUGAAAUGGUUCCAUAAUGAAUACGUCCGAGAUCUGCCGGCCUUCAAGGGAAUUCCACCUGAGUAUUCUCUGUGGUUCGAGCCAUUUGUCAUCCAGUGGCUUGACGAGAACGAGGACGUUGCCAUGGAUUUCCUCAAUGGGGCACUGGAAAGGGACAAGAAGGACGGAUUCCAGCAGACCUCCGAGCAUGCCCUGUUUUCCUGUUCGGUGGUGGAUGUGUUCACUCAACUCAAUCAGAGCUUCGAGAUCAUCAAAAAGUUGGAGUGUCCAAACCCACAAGCUCUGGCCCACUUCAUGUGCCGCUUCGCGAAGACUAUCAACAAAGUUCUUCUGCAGUAUGCCGCAAUCAUAUCUAAGGACUUUCACUUGCAUUUGAGCAAGGAGAACGUGCCCUGCAUCCUCCUCAACAACAUUCAGCAGCUCCGAGUCCAACUGGAGAAGAUGUUCGAAUCCAUGGGCGGCAAACAGCUGGAUGCGGAGGCCAGUGAUCUGCUAAAGGAGCUGCAGAAUAAACUCAACACAGUGCUAGAUGAGCUCAGCGGAGUGUUUGGCUCCAGUUUCAAACCUGUGAUUGAAGACUGUGUGAAGCAGAUGAACCAGGAGCUGGUGCAGAUGAAAGGUUCGGCCAAAGGGAGCAAUGCUGCUAUGGAUGCGGAGACUGUCCUCCGGCCUCUCAUGGACCUCUUGGAUAAAAACUUGAUGCUAUUUGCCAAGAUUUGUGAGAAGACUGUGCUAAAACGAGUCCUCAAAGAGCUGUGGAAGAUUGUGCUGAACACCAUCGAGAGAACAAUUGUUCUGCCCCCACUCAGUGACCAGAGUCAAGGAGCUCAGAUGAUAUUCAACGCUGCCAAGGACUUAGGACAGCUGUCCAAACUGAAGGAACAUGUAAUCCGAGAGGAAGCCAGAAGCCUGACUCCACGCCAGUGUGCAGCCAUGGACCUUGUGCUUCCCACCAUCAAGCAAUACUUCCAUGCCGGAGGAAACGGGCUGAAGAAAACCUUCCUUGAGAAGAGCCCUGACCUGAAGUCCCUGAAAUAUGCUCUCAGCCUUUAUACUCAACCUACAGAUGCCUUGAUCAAGAAAUAUAUAUGCACCCAAACCUCUCAAGGUCAGUCAUCCAAUGGAUCAGUGGGGGAGGUGUCGAUGCAAGUGGAUCUCAUCUCUCACCCCGGCACUGGAGAGCACAAAGUCAGCGUAAAGGUGAUGGCUGUGAACAACCUCAGCUGGCAGACCAACGCCAUGUUCCGGCCUUUCGUAGAGGUCAAUGCUGUGGGACCGCACCUGGCUGACAAGAAGCGCAAAUUCAGUACUAAGACCAAGAAUAACAACUGGUCACCAAAGUACAAUGAAACAUUCCAAUAUGUUCUGAGUAACGAACAUGGUCCAGAGGCCUACGAGCUGCACGUCUCGGUAAAGGACUACUGCUUUGCCCGGGAGGACCGCAUCAUUGGCAUGACAGUCAUCCAGCUCCGAGAGCUGGCAGAAAAGGGCAGCUGCUCUGCCUGCUACCCCUUAGUAAAGAGCAUCUCCAUGGACGAAACAGGCCUAACCAUCAUGAGGAUACUUUCUCAAAGGACCCACGAUGAGGUGGCCAAAGAGUUUGUACGUCUCAAGACGGAUACACGCUCGACAGAAGAAGUGUCAUAAUGGGGAGCAAAAAGCAGUAUUGAAACAGUUGUGUUGUCUUAACUGAGAGAGACAGACAGAGAGCGACAGAACGAGAGACAGACAGAGACAGGGCGAGAGCAGUAGCACACGUUGGGCUGUCCAGAUAGAAUGGAGACAGUAGGAGAAUAGGAUUGUCCAAAGAGAACAGGAGGAGGCCCAACUGGAUGUGGGAAAGCAAGAGAGAGAAGGUUGUGUUUGUUUGUUUUUGUGCAUGUGCGUAAAACAUCUGUUGGAAUGUUCAUUUUAAACUACAGUAUGUAAAAGUGUUUACUUACCGUAUGCUUACUAUUAAGUACUAUAUUCUAUGAAUUAUGUUAACGAGACAUGAAAUACCUUUUGUACAACAUUUAGUCUUUUUGAACAGAGAUUUGUUCCAAUAAAGUGCCAAACCAGAGAAAAAAAGAACAAAACAAACGUAUAUGAAUUAUGGUGAACUUAGUAUGUUUGAAAUUUGCUCGAUUAUUUUGUCCGGUGUAAGUCAUUCUCUGACCGUGUGGCGUUUUGAUCGUUGAAAAGUCUUUCAUUUUGCACCCUCGUUUUGCUUCAUGUUUGUCCACACAGCACUGUUGUGCAUGUCCCUUUUCAUGACCAUGUCUCUCCCAUGACUCCACAGUGACCACUGGGCAGGGUCCUGUGCCCUGGCCUCCAAACUCUUUGUAUUUUAAGUCAACCUGAAAAUAGACCAUUUUUUUUAAACGGCGAUGACUGCUAUGUAAACCUUCAUAGGUGUUUGUAAUUUUAUAACCAUGACAACAAUGAUGACAGCCUCCAGUGCUAACAGUCUUAGCAGAAAGGAUGGAAUUUUUUUUGGUCCUGUUUUCUUUUGCUGUUUUUUUUUUUCUUUUGUUUUUGUCCAUCGGCUUCCAGCCUUUCUGAAUGACCACUGUGAACAUGAGCUUUGGAAGGCAAGCUUACAUAACAUUGCUGACAGUUUGAUAUUGUUGUUUCAUAUUUUACGAUAACUUUGUUCCUGAGAAACUGCCAAAGUUAUAAAAUAUUUGUACAAAAGCAAUCCAUUACAUGUAUGAAGAUAUAUAUGUACAUGUGAUCUAUUACUUUUUCAAUGCUAAAUAUUUGAUUGUUGAUAGGGUGGUACUAAGAUUUUAUUUUUUGAUUUCUUGUGAAGCUGUUAACCAAUAUGAAAGUUGCACAUGUUACUUUACACAUUAGUUUUAUCAGCUUCUGUCAUUUGAUUUAUUUUUCUUCAUAAAGGAAAGAGUCUAACAUUUGGUAAAUAUGCAACAUUCCUAUGUAUUGCACUGAUGGCGAAUUGUAUGUCAUGUAAAUAUAUUUAGUGAGAUAUUGUA